AUGUCUAACAAUAAAAUAAGCAAAAUUUUCGAGAACCUCAACAAAAACAGCUUCGUUAAGCAACUAGCUGCGGGUGCAGGGGCUGGUUUGGUGACAGGAAAUUUUGCUCAAAGAUUGGGCAAACCCAUCAUUUUUACCGCUGGCGCAGGCGUCAUACUUUUAGAGUUGGCCCAUCACAAGGGUUACAUUAACAUGAAUCUGGAGAGUUUAAAACAGAAGGCCAACGAAAAAAAGGAUGAUCUCAAUGAAAAAGCCCAAUGUAGUCGCUUACCAAGUACUGAUAAGAUAAAGGAUUUUGCAAACAACAACAAAACAUUUACUGCAGGAUUUAUAGGUGGAUUUUUAAUGGGAGUAGCCUGGUGA